UGUGUUGAGGAAGAUUGCAGAACGCGGCGGUGUUGAGGUGGAUUUUGGUGAACAUUUUUCACCGUGCGAACGGUUACGGAACGCCCGAAAAACGGUAAAGGUAAAGGAAAAAAGAACGCAAUCAGUGAAAAUCGAAAAGAACAAUAAAAAACAAAACUGUGUACUACAGCCUGCUGUGCUGGUGUUUGGUUCGAGGCGCGAAAGUGUCGGUUCUGGUGUUGCGACCGUGUGUGGCUAGCGAACUAAGCAACAACCGCAGAGUCCUGUGGUCGAAGGCGAGGAACGAUAUACCCUGAGCAAGCGGCUGUCGGUGUUCGGUUCGUCCGAGCCGGUGACGAACAAUUGAAGCGAUACGGCCCGCGAAACGACGGGCUUUUGUGCAAAAGAAACACAAAAAUAAAUACACAUACACACGCGGCACAUGUGCAGCAGAUGCACGUGUGUGGGGACGCGAACUGAGGAAGAUUUUUCUCUGCCAAACAACAACGCUACAACGGAAGGGCUUGAGCGAUGAGUGCCCCUGACAACGCGAAAGCGCCCCCGUCUGCUCCAGAACAACAACAACAACAACAACAACAACGACAUCAGCACCAGCAUCUUCUCCAUCAUCCGAAUGCAGCGGCCGUGCCACCGACCACCGUGUCUGCUUCGUCGUCGACAGUGGUUGCUCCGGGAGCAGCAUCAGCAGUACUAGCAGGAUCAACAACAGGGGCAGCAACGGUCAGUGGAACGGUUACAGCAGCAGCGGCUGCUACGACCACCGUUACUGCGCCUUUGACGACAACAACGACCAUCGAAGCAAGCGGUGGCGGUGCACCCGUCGCUACUGCCAACGGCAGCAAUAACAGUGACACUAGUGGCGGCCACAGCACCACUGAUGACGCUUCUUCUUCUACAAAAUCCACUUCGCCUACCGGCAAUAGUGGUCCUCUGCCACCGCUUGGUACGCCAGCUGCGGCUGGUGCGACGGUGGGAACCCAGCAAGCUGCUACUGUUGCUUCUGCCACUAGUGCGGUAAAAGAAGCCAAUCCAACUGAUGUCGGUUCUGGUAGCUCCUCCUGUACGCCAACCGUCGUGCCGGUGGUUUCGCGUGAAGGAGACAGGCCAACGGGCACUGCAGUGUCGUCAGUAACGCUGACCAGUGGUGGUGGGGCUACAGGUGGAACGACAUCGAAGGCUGGUCCACCUGUAACAGCGGCAACGGUGGCCAGUACUGUGGGUGGCGGCAGUAAUGUUGUCGCUGUAAAGAGUAGCAGUGGUGGCCCCGGUGGUAUUGGUGGUUCAGGGACAACGUCUGCCUCUACGGCAGCAGGACCUCCUUCCAGUCGUAGUGGUGGACGUAGUGAAGUUGCAGAAAAGCAAUCGCUAGAACAGCACUGCCGGAUGCUGGAAGGUGAGCUACAGGCGGUUAAGGAAUCAGAAACAAAACUCAAACAACAGUAUAGCGAGUCUCAGCGCCGGGAACGUAUUCUCACUCGGAGGCUUCUGGCUAAGGAUCAAGAAGUACAAGACUAUGUCAACCAGAUUACGGAACUUAAAGCUGCCCAAGCGCCGGGACCGGCGGCAUUGCGAUCGGCACUGCUUGAUCCAGCGGUCAACAUACUCUUUCAGAAGCUGAAAGCUGAGCUGCAGGCCACGAAGGCGAAGCUGGAGGAAACGCAAAAUGAACUGUCCGCGUGGAAGUUUACGCCCGACUCGAACACGGGCAAGCGACUGAUGGCCAAGUGUCGGUUGCUGUACCAGGAAAAUGAGGAGCUUGGCAAGAUGACCUCUAACGGACGGCUGGCGAAGCUGGAGAGUGAGCUCGCGCUGCAGAAAAGCUACAACGAGGAAGUGAAGAAAUCACAGCUAGAAUUGGACGACUUCCUUCAGGAGCUGGAUGAGGACGUUGAAGGUAUGCAGGGUACGAUCGUGUUUCUGCAGCAGGAGCUGAAGCAAACCAAGGAUAACCGGGACGAGCUGGAGAAGGAAGUGUGUCAGCUGCGAGCCUACGUUGCCAAUCUGGCCUCAGCGACUAGCACUAGUGACGAUUUGUCGGGCACCGGAGGUGGAACACCGACGGAGGAGUCCGCAAUGCAGGAAGCGGCCGCACUGCUGCACGGUGGCAAAAGCAACACCACCUACCAUCACCCGGACGGUGGUGGUGGUAGAAGUGGGGACAUUAUCGGUGGUAGCGGUGGUAUGGGCGGUGGCGUCACGCCCAUCUAUCUAGUGAACGGUGGUGGAGGCAGUGCCGGCAACGCCGCCAACAAUGCCAACCACGGUAGCAACCGAUUGCUGGUGAAUAAGAGUUCAAGUGUUGUUGGUGGUGAUCAAGAUUCGGUUUACAAUCGGACGCACUGUGGUGGUGUCUCGGUCUAUAGCAGUGAGUUACGAACUACAACAGCCACCGGUCUGCCCGCCGCUGCAACAGCGACAGCUCCACCAGCCGCCUCCUCCUCAUCUUCAUCGUCGUCAGCAACGGGAUCGACAACAGCGACGUCAGCAGCAGCAGCUUCUUCCGAAGCGAAUCGAUCGCCUGUGAACGGUGCGGCUACUGUCAGUGACAUCGCAGUAGCCACCGCCGGUGGUGGACCGCCGUUGCUCGGUGCAACGAAUAGUAGCGGAAAUAGCAAUAGUACUAGUGGCGACAGUAACAUUGCCACCGGUGGUAACAGUGUGCAUAGUGGUAGUAACAGUGGUACAUCAGCAUCCAUCAAGCUGCAGCAGCAACAACAGCAGCCGCCGCCGCCACAACAGCAAUCGCAGCGCGCCUCGAGUAACACUAACACCGGUCGUAACGGUGGACGAACAGUAGGCGCUCGAAAGCGAAACUACACCGACACCGAAAGCGAACAUACGGAGCAUCAUCUCUCCGACGCCAGUAGUAGCGCUAGUGCUGUUGGUGGUCGCAGUGGUGACGCUUUCGAGGGCAGUGCCGGUGCCGUAGUGCCGAUGGUAGUCGAUGGUGUUGUGGAGAGUGUUGCAAAUGGGAAGGUACUGGUACUGGGAACCACCACCGAUGGCGGUGGUGGCUCUCAGGUGGAACAGCAGGACGAUACGAACAGCAAUAAGCGCAUGACACGGUCCGGCAAGGGAAAGGUGCUAGUUCCGUCCACGCCUUCCUCCAUGGCGCAGCAGCAGCAGCCAGGUGGUCCAACGCACGCGGUUGCGCUGGGAUCGAACAGUGCCGUAUCCGCGACCAACGUGCACGCCGCUAGUGCCGCGAAAAAAUUACGCCGUGGAUCGCUGGCCAUAGAGGAGGAAACCAUCGAUACGGCUCCCAUCACCGAAUCCCCGGCCACACACCUUGCUGUACAUCCACCUCAGCAGCAGCCUCAGACGGUAACGUCCGCCAAUGGGUCGAACUAGUGAUGAGUGAUGAUCACCACCACCACCCUUCGUGUACUCUCUGGACGGACACUGGCGCACUCCAUGCUCCCCAAUGCUGGCUAUUGAGAUAUGCGUGCGCGACCGUUCGUCUGUCUAUAUGUGUGCGUGUGCGUGCGUGUGAAUAGGUGUGUGCGUUUGUGUUUCUGUGGUUGAACUGGGUUGUAUCGCGUGUGACCACCGACCCCUGCAAGAAUUGCCACAAGAGAGUUGUAAUAUAAACCGAAGGAAAACUAAUAAUUACAUCGGUCAACCAGACUGCUGCUGGUCUCCGCCAUACCACCGUUGCGUUGGUAACCGGUCCAUCCGCAUGCCUCGUCCGUCGUUCUAGGCUGCUUUGUUGAAUCGCGUUGGAUGGUGCACGCGUGGAAUGAAGGAACAAAUGAUAUCAUAAGGUUUGUAGCGGAUUUAGAGAAGCAACACAGCAAAAAAAAAACACACAAACAGAAAAAUGCAGAAUAAACAAUCAAAAAAGGAAAAACAGCGAAACGAGUACUAACCUGAGAGACACUGACACGCACCAGAGUGCGGUCCCUGCACACCUUCCCUUGCGGAUCGUGUGGUGGGCGCGUUUCCUUUAACAAUACUUCGAGAUUACUCCCAGAGUCGCUGCUGUUCGGCGCUGGAAGUACGGCUAAUAGUAGUAGCGGCGACAGUAGGCAGUAGUAGCUGUAGUACGUGUAAAACAGAGGUACAAGUGAAGUGGACAAGUGCGACCACGUGGUGGAAUUACAGAAUACAGCGUCGGGGCUCUCGGCUGCCGAUGGUGGCGCGACACCUUAAAGCUCCAUUCGUGCACUACCGGUGUGGCGCGGAUAAGUUAUUAAGAACAGAAAAGCAAACAAAACGAACGAGAGAGAGCUGCUGCAAGACAACAGAAUUUUUGCUAAAUAAAGAUCGUAAUUAAGGAAUGUAAAACGGUACCGAGUAAACUUGCAUAAAAGAACAAUACAGACGACAUACACAUGCACAUUGUUUCGACACGCGUGCUCGGCAUAGAGCCCCGAGCAGCACAGAAGCAGCUUUAACGUUCGUUCCUGUGGGUGCCUGGUGGUUCCAGGAGUGUCGUUACGGAUGCUUCGACGGAUAUGGCUUGCGGAUUGCCGAUUGGCCGGCUGUAGGCAGCACAUGUUUUGAUUGCCAGCGGGCGGUUGUUCCUCUGGCUCUGGUUCGUUCUCGAUUUUUUCUAUGGUAGUUCCGAUUGGCAGUCGAAUAUAAUGAGGGCAAACACAAUGUCCUUCUCUGUUGAUCUCUUGGAGUACAAGCGCUGGGAUUAUGUACAACUUUAAUACUCGUUUUGGUUUAAGCAACCCACGUCAAGUUGCCAGGAUACGAUCGACAGUCCGUUGAAUCUGUUUCGGUUUUCGCUUAAAUGGCAACGAAUGCUUGAUGACAUUCGAGAAGAGGAUUUUUUAAAAAAAUCAUUGCCCUAGUAAUGACCCUUCUAAACUGAUGAGCGGAACUCGUAGAGAAUAGUUUUUGUGGAAUCAUCUCGACUGCUUGCUGCGAAUUGUUGUCGUUCCUUUGCACUAUAGCGACUCGAGCUCGGUAGCAGGAACGGAACUGAGAUCUAAGACACGCUAGCUAGGCAGCGUUUUUUCUACUUUCACUAAGUUUAAAUGUAUUAAAGAAUUUGAUUUUUAGUCAACCACCACAACUCAUUUACGGAAAUUUACCAGCCGUCCCAACUGCUGCUUGUGCUAGCGGCGGCAUCCUUAUCGGGUGGAGUGUAGGAAAGGAGCUACAAAGAUCAUCUAUAUCACACCCACACAUACAUACUCACUUAGUCACACAAACACACACACGGAUGCAUUCGAAAUUCAAAGGAGAUGGUAGUAAAUGCGCAAAAGAAAAAGGAAGUACAUGGUUUGCGAACGGGAGCGAAAACCUAAACACAAGAAUGCAUUAGCCGAAGGGUAAAUAAAUGCGGUAGACAAGAAAACAGUAAUAGCAAAACCAUAUUUGCAGCGUAAAAAAAGGGACAAAAGAAUAAAAUUUUACCAUAAGAGUGGAAAGUAAAAACAGGGCAGCAGUAGCAGCAGAAGCGGAGGAGAGCUGCGCCGAGAAGCGUUCAUACAAUUAUGACCUGUAAUUUAAAUUAUUUCGAAACAGAAGAAACAAAAAGGAAAUAGACUUAAACUAUUCUUAAAUCCGA